CCCUCGCGAUUCAGAGUUUCAGUACGAAUUGUCGUGUCAAGCGCACAGGAAGCGAUCGCAACCCGGAUCGGAUUGGAUCGGCCGGAUCGAGCCGCCAUAUGUGGUAUAUAUACAACGAGACUUAACGGUGAACAGCGUCGAUCGCAUGCGGACAAACAAUUAAAUACAAGGUCAAAGAAGCGCUAUAAAAAAGAGCAGAGAGCAGAAGAGAAGAGGAGAGGAGUAAGGUCGAAGUACACAAGGAAAUACUAACGAAAUGACGGCCAACACAGCGACGUCGGAGGAAAAUCUGCUGCGAAAUGGCGGACAGCCGCAGGAGCCCUCCACGCCCACCUCGGAUACGGAAGUGGGCGGUGGCACGCCCACCGAACUGAGCGAGAUCUUCUUUGUGGACAACAGCCGGCGCAAGCAGAGCAUCAAAAUCCAGGUGAAACUCUGCCCGGAAGGAGUCUACCUGCGCCGCGAAACCGACGAAGAUGACCACAUCAAUGAGCAGCUCAUCAGGAUCGAUGAUAUCAUAGGAUCGCGCUACGGUCCGCGAUUGAAGAAGCGAGCGAGGGGUGGCCUAAACUCCUGCCGGAAUCCAAAUGUUUCGGGCCAGGAGGCGAAUCCCGAACCGGAUAGAGAUAAUAGCGCUUAUUUGUACAUCUAUGCGUAUCUGAAGAAGGAGAAACCACUGCGGCGCGUCCAAACGCUCAGGAUUCUACGCUUCCGAUCGAGCAAUGACUAUGCGGUGAAUCUGCAGACCGCCGAGCUAUGGCAUCAUACGAUACGGAAGCACAAGCAUGGCAAUGCCAGUAGUUCGCCCGUCGAUGGUGGCAAGCAGCUGCUCAUUCUACUGAAUCCGAAAUCCGGUUCCGGGAAGGGUCGUGAGCUGUUCCAGAAACAGGUGGCACCUCUGCUCACGGAGGCAGAGGUGCAGUACGAACUCCAGAUCACCACACAUCCGCAGUAUGCCAAGGAGUUCGUGCGGACCAGGAUGGAUCUGAUGGAGCGCUAUUCGGGCAUUGUUGUCGCCUCCGGCGAUGGCCUGUUCUACGAAGUGCUCAAUGGGCUGAUGGAGCGCAUGGAUUGGCGCAGAGCCUGCAGGGAGCUGCCACUGGGCAUCAUUCCAUGUGGCUCCGGGAAUGGCCUGGCCAGAAGUGUGGCCCAUCAUUGCAACGAGCCAUAUGAACCGAAGCCCAUUCUCCACGCCACCUUGACUUGCAUGACGGGAAAGAGCACACCCAUGGAUGUGGUCAGAGUGGAACUGGCGCCGCGGGACAAGCACUUCGUGUUGUACUCCUUCCUGUCGGUGGGCUGGGGUCUGAUAGCCGAUAUCGACAUAGAAAGCGAGCGGUUGCGAUCGAUUGGAGCGCAAAGAUUUACGCUAUGGGCCAUCAAGAGGUUGAUUGGCCUGCGCAGCUACAAGGGCAGAGUGUCCUACCUAGUGGCCAAGGGCAAAAUGGAACCACCAGUGGAAGCGGCGCAGGAGGCUCGCGAGAUUCCUGGAGAAUCAGACCAGCAGAAGCGACCCUCAGCGACUGCUGCAGUAAUCCGUUCUUCUCUGCCCUUGAAUGCCGGGGAAUUCCAUGAUCUACCCGAGGAGGAGGCGGAUCUGGAUGGAGAACAGUUUGCGGACGCCAUAUCCCUGGACCGUUCGGUUUAUCGCCAGCACGCCGACAGUUGGCACUCGGCCAUGUCCAGGAGAACGGCCUAUUACUCCCUGGGAGGACCCAGUUUGCGAUCCAAUCGCAGCCGGAUGAGCAUAAGCCAGCGGAUCGAGGCAGCCAAUGCGGAAUUCGCAGAGAAGGUGCCCACGGGCACCAUUCCGGGAUUACAGAUGCCACUGCCCAGUAGCGAGGGUUGGAUCUGCGAGGAUGGUGAGUUUGUGAUGGUCCAUGCCGGAUAUACCACCCAUCUCUCCACCGACGUCUUCUUUGCGCCCGAAUCCCGGCUGGACGAUGGCCUCAUCUACCUGGUGAUCAUCCGGAGUGGCGUUAGUCGCCAUCAGCUGCUCAACUUCAUGCUGAGCCUGAACACAGGCACCCAUCUGCCCAUCGGCGAGGAUCCGUUCAUCAAGGUGGUGCCCUGCCGGGCAUUCCGGAUCGAGCCGAGCAGCUCCGACGGCAUCCUGGUGGUGGACGGCGAGCGGGUGGACUACGGACCCAUUCAGGCGGAGGUAAUGCCCGGCCUGAUCAAUGUGAUGACCACCAGUGGUCAGUAGUGUAGCAAUCGUGUGUGCAAUAUUAAAUCCGUGCGCUUUCCGAGCGAAUUAGGGUCGGGAAAAGCACUGUGCAAUUUGCCUAAUUCAAAGCGAAUGUCAAUAGGUUCUUUAGAUCAAAUUUAGUGUAGAAGAAGCUCACUUACUGAAAUUAUAGAGUCAAAAUUGUUGCCUUUCCAAUAAUAUCCUCUGCUAAAUCGAUACCAUUUCACAUCUGCUAAGAAUAUUUUCCAAACACACGUGUCUUGACGUUUUUAUGAGCUAAAGUUCUAUUAUCUGUGUUUCUAUUAUUAGUAAAACCCAUUCUCAUGGCUCUGAACCGCAAUCUGUAAUUUUUCUAUCCGCCCAUGCAUCAAAAGGAAAAAGGAACUUCACACUAUGCACUUAAGUAGUUGGUUAAGUUGUUUUCUAUUAUUUUUUUUUUCGUUUUAAUCGGUCGGUAGUGUUAAUUAUUUUAAGCACCUUACGUAGACAAUUAAACCAAAAUGCUAUAAAAAGUGGGAAAAGAUUGUGUGGGUACAAGGGCUGCUGGUACUUUCAGGUGUUUUGUUGCCGUGGAAACAACCGAUUCUGUUGCAAAUUCAAAUACAAAUCAUUAGCUUUGCACACUCACAAA